UUAACUUAAUGUCAAAUAUUCUCUAUGGCGGUGUGACUACUGACUGAUGACGGAUCAUAAUUUGAAACAUUUGAAGUCGGUACCUACAAGAUAAAUGUGAUGAAUUUGUGAUGAGUGUUCUUUUAAUUAUAAAGAAUGCCCAUCCAGGCGCCACAUUGGACGGACUACCUCAAUUGUCCAGUGUGUUUCAGAGAAUAUGGCCUAUCACCACGUAGCCCAGUUAGUCUUGGCUGUGGCCACACACUAUGCGAACAUUGUCUUAAACAGCUAAAUAGAAAACAUUGUCCAUUUGAUCAGACUGUAAUUCAGGGCGACCCUGAGGAAUUGCCUGUGAACACGGCAUUAUUACAGUUGGCUGGAUAUCCACCACCCCCCAAGCCCAAUCAUCCACCAUGCAUACAAGCUUUACCUGAGACUGAUCGCCAAGCCUAUGAUAUCAUUGUCACAUGCCUUGAACAACUUGCAGUGUACCUAAAAAUUUGUGCUAACAAUACGGCAGGCAAUCGCCUUUCGCGGCCUAUGCAAAGAAAGUUAGUGACCUUACUCCAGUGUGCUAUUACUGAUGAAGAAGGGCGUGGAAGGGCAGCGCGGGCUGCACGUUCGCUUGGGGAAAGAUCUGUUACAGAACUUAUACUGCAACAUCAGAAUCCUCAGCAGCUGAGUGCUAAUUUAUGGGCUGCAGUACGAGCGAGAGGAUGUCAAUUCUUAGGACCGGCAAUGCAAGAGGAAGUGUUGAAGUUGGUUUUAUUAGCCCUCGAAGAUGGAUCGCCAUUAUCUCGAAAAGUUCUUGUUAUGUUCGUUGUUCAAAGACUUGAGAGAGAUUUCCCCCAAGCGUCAAAAACGAGUAUAGGCCAUGUGGUUCAACUUUUAUAUAGAGCAUCGUGUUUUAAGGUCUCGAAACGAGAGUGCGAUUCUUCAUUGAUGCAACUAAAAGAGGAAUUUCGGACGUACGAAACGUUGCGUAGAGAACACGACGCGCAAAUUGUACAAAUAGCUACUGAAGCGGGCCUAAGGAUCGCGCCAGACCAAUGGAGUGCCUUAUUAUAUGGUGAUACAUCUCACAAGUCCCACAUGCAAAGCAUAAUCGACAAGUUGCAAACGCCCCAGUCCUUUGCACAAUCUGUGCAGGAAUUAUUCAUCGCUCUCCAAAGAUCCGGAGACCCAAGCCAAUCGGUCGUCAUGAGCUUACCUCUUGAUAGACUUGCCAAUAUUGACCCUAGUCUAGAUGCAAAUUGUCCAUCUUGGCAAGCGUUAGGAGAUAUCUUGACUGCUGUAAAAGAUGUUGUCUCAGGACUUGUUAGCUAUUUGCAACAACAGUCUACAGGGAGAGAUGCCAAUCAUAACCAAAAACACCUUAUUCAAGAAAAGCCUGAUAUCCAUACAAGCCAGCAGACCCCUCCAGGUGGGGCCUCACCUCCUCAACGGUUUAUGAUCUCUGCCUGCAGGGAUUCUGACCUUAGGUCAACGUGCCCUCGCGGCAAUAAUUGCAAUUUACUCCAUUUCGACGACAACGAUUUGGACAGGUUCCAAAUACACGCACCGGUUCCAACUUAUCCGAUUAGAUACAACAACCCUCCGCCUGUGGGACAUCCCUUAAACAAUGGAAGCCUUCCCCCCUUCAUUACCCCCCAACCAAUGUUUGCUCCGAACGCAACACGUUCCCCGCCAUUUCCAGUUAGCAGUCAAAACCAGUUUCCUCCCAACAUGCAACCAAAUACAUCUCAGGGAGGCGUACUUUUGCGUCAUCCGGACCCAUUAUACCAAUCCCGAAAUGUGCUUGGCAUGCAACCAUCUGCACCAAUGAUGCGUACACCAGAGAGAGAUGAACGCAUACGCGACGGCAGUGGGGAACCGUGUCUUAAUCCACAAAUAGCCAUGAGGAAUAAUAUGGAAAGGGUAAUGGGCCGAGAGAAUCCCAUUGGUGCACCUGGUGCGCCAUUUACUGUUCCCGGAACAGGCAAUCAGGGUCCAGGUGCAUAUACCGGUCUUGGUUUAGGGGACGUCUACGUUUCUGAUUCUUCUGGAUACGGCGGAGGCAUGCUUAUCAAUCCGAUUGCGAUCAAUCCUAAUAACCUCUUGAUGCCCGUGCCAGACAGGCCCUAUUAUGGGAACUACCCCGGUCUGCUUACGGUCGUCACUGAUGAAAGCCCAAAUUUUUACGAGGGCCCAGAUGCCAUGAACUUUCCUCAAUACCAAGGUCCCGUUUCGACUGCACCAAUAAGCGAAUAUUCCUACAUACCAGUGUCCCAGGAGUCAAUAUAUUCUUACGAUACUAAUCUUGACAAUUAUCCAGUUGGACACGGGCAAACCCCGGUUGGACACGGGCAAACCCCGGUUGGACACGGCCAAACCCCGAUUGGACACGGGCCAACCUCGGUUGGACACGGGCAAACCCCGGUUGGACACGGGCCAACCCCGGUUGGGCAUGGACCAACACCGGUUAGACACGGGCCAAUCUCAGUUGGACCGGCACAGGAUUUUCAAGCGCCUCAGGAUCCUAACUAUCCUUUUAAUAAUAUGACAAUCCCGACAGACUACCGCGACCCACCAGGCUUCCCGCCAAGACCCCAUGAACGCCGCGCUGAAUCGCAAUGGCUCCGUUCAUCGGCGUUUGAAUUUGAUGAGCCGGUAUUGCCGUGGCGAAGCCCACCAGUUGAGGCUGUCAAUCCACAACCAGAACCAAUGAUGUCAAGGAACAGGCGGGCUGUGGGCGCCGAUCGAACCGUUCAGUUGCCGGAGAGGCCUGCGGCACCCCCUCCACCCCUCAAUCCGUCAGACGAAUCUGACGAGCACAAGUUGGAGGAGGAAUUGAUGGCCCUCGAACGUCGUAUGGAUACCGAGUUUAAAAUAUUUUAAAUGUUUUACAGGUGCAAUGUAUUGUUUCGUUUCAACCUUUUAGUUAAGAAUUGCAUUUGUUAAAGUUCAUCUUUUUUCUAUUUCGUUUAUUUUUAUAGUUUUAUUUAUACUCAAUCCUACAUCCAAAAACUUAAGUUUAUUAUUAUGCGCCCUCUUGUAAUUCUCGUUAAAAUACUGAAGUGUAUCAGGUUUGUCACCCAUUAUUCCACGUUGGUAUUAAUUAAGCAUAUUAAUACUUAGAUUUAAAAACAAAGGAUUACAGCGGCUGGAAUACAGAGUAUAAUAUUUAAAUGUAUUAAAAUAUUAAUGUAAUCAUUAAAUAGGGUUGUAAUCAGAUUUGUAUAAUUUCUGCUAUAAUUCUGUUGUCUCUACUUCCAAAAUUCGACCUCUACCUUUAUUAUUUGAUCUGAGUAUAAACUUGAAGACGUGAAUUUUAUUACAUGUAUUGUUGCGAUUCAAAAUCUUUUGUAAGAAAUUUAAAAGCCGUCCAAUUUGUUGACUUUUGGAAUAUGAAAUCAUAAAUUGCAUACAAACAUUCAUUUUUUAGACGUGCUCAAAAUUUGUUAUUUGUUAAUAUAUUAAGAAAAUGUUAUGUGAUUGUCACGGUCACUUGUUGAUUGUAAAAUUGUUUUAUCACCACAUGUAACUUGUAAAGUUCACUUGUAAAAAUGUUUAACAGUUUUUCAGUUUGUGCAGCGAUAAGUUAAAAAACGUGGAAGAGCAUUUGUUUCAAUUUAGUUUGAAUAGCUUUUUCUUACUUAAGCUAAACUUCCAUUUUGGCCUAAAUUAGUCUUCGAUUUUCUAUACUUUUACACUUAUUCAAAUGAAAUAAAGUCGCCAUUUGGCUUGUAGACAAUAUAUUAAUCGUAUCCAAGUAAAUACUGAUAAAUAUUCAGAUGUAGGUUAUGUAAUUUGAUCACUAUUCACACUUAUACUUAAAAAUUACAAAUGUUGAAUAGUAUUAAAUUAUUGAUUAGUUGUUGUUGUUCAAUCGGUGUUGAUCGAGAUGAUCGUCAAAAUAUAUAUCUAUUGAUGUCAAUUUAUGUGUCUACUAUUUCAAAUAUGUACUAACUAAAUAUGUAGAAGAAAUGAUCGUCGUAAGAGUAGUCUUGAAAUUAAUGUCUAUGAACUUUAACUACAUUAUAUUUAUGAUUGGCGUGGUAAACCUGUUCUUUUCUAUUCUAUAUCAGAAGAGGGCUCGAUGAGGAACUAUGGGAGAUGGAGUAGUUUAAAAAUUUCGUAAAUGCGUUCUUGGAAAAAUUGUUAAAAUCACAAAACGUAAAGGGAAAUCAUGAUGUUCGUACGUCGUGGAAAUACUUAAGGCUGGUGAUAAAUAAUAUUUUACUUAUCUACAGUGUAUAACAAAACCCCAGUAACGUAAUAUUUUGAUGACGCCGACACUGAAGCAUUCGGAUGACGGACAAUUGUAUUACUGUUGUGGGGUUUUAGUUACACAGUGUAUGUCUAUUUAGAGGUGUAAUUAUUUAAGGCUGUAAUAUAGAUAGCUGGGAGAUUCAACACGACGCCGCUUUGUAUAUAAUUUUAUUUUGAUACCAGUGUCGGUGAUGCGAAUUUUUAUAAUUAAUUUUAUCAAAAAAUAUAAACUGUCAGGAAUCUUGUCAAUGAUCUCAGCUGGCUUUUUUAUGGUUUGACUAUCCAUAGUGCAAUAUGUUAUAGUAGUGUAAUGGAUUUAUGCUAUGCUAUGCCUCUUAGAUAUUUGCUAUUGAAACUCAUGUAUAUAAGACGAAAGAGCUUUCUAUUAUUCUUUCAUAUAAUUAUAAGAAUUUUAAUUGAUUGUCAAUUUUGUUAUUCAGUGGGAGCCCUUAUUAUUCGUGAAUGAUUUGUUUUAGACAUUUUUAUAUUAAAACCGUUUAAUUAAUUGUUUCGAUGAUGUGAUGUUUGUUGAAAAAUUAUUGUUAGAUAAUUUUAUAAUACAUAAUAAGAAUAAUUUUCGGCGUCGGCUUGUAUCUUUCAGUGAUAUUUUGUAGGGGUAAUGAGAGGUGCAAACCUCUAGAUCAUCUUUGCAUUUGUUAAAAAAUGCGUAGGAUCAUAUUGAGUUCACGUAUUUAUUUAAACUACAUGUCUAUUUAUGAGUGUCACUUGACGCGCCCUAACUAGUAAAUGUUAAAAAUAAAAGAUUUUUUUAAAUACAA